AUGCUUGGCGCUGCGCUUCGUUCCACUGUGCUCCUAGCUUGCAUGACGGCUUGGCUAAUGGGGCAGACAGGUGUUGCAUCUCUAUCUACAUCCUCGUCUGUAUCCUCCCUGGCCGGAUCCACCAACGCCAACAACUCCUUUUCGUCGACCUGCAGGAAGCUGCCGCAAGAUGGGGACUGGCCCAGCGCGCAAGAUUGGGCCCGGCUCAACCAGACAGUGGGAGGCCGCCUGAUUGCCACAGUGCCGGUUGCGCAUGUAUGCCAUGAUCCUACAUACAAUGCGACUGCUUGUGCUUGGUUCAAGGAUAAUUGGUUGACGGUGGAGGCUCACGUGUACUAUCCGGCCGAAAUUCUGGAUCCCUACUUCCAGGGCCAGUACUGCGAGCCCUUCACACCCGAGUCCAAACCUUGCACGCUAGGAAACUAUGCCGUCUACUCAAUCAAUGUCACCGGCGUGUCUGACAUCCAGGCUGGACUCGCCUUUGCCACCCAACACGACGUUCGGCUGACCAUCAAGAACACAGGGCAUGAUCUGCUAGGAAAGUCCACAGGGCGCGGGGCUCUCUCACUAUGGACACACAAUCUGAAAGACAUGGACUUUAUUGAUGCCUACGUGGGCGACGUUCCGUACACGGGAUCGGCGGUGCGCAUCGGGGCGGGCAUCAUGUUCAACGACAUCCUCCCGGUGGCGGCAGCGCAAGGAAAGCGCGUGGUGAGCGGAACAUGUGGUACCGUUGGGGCAGCCGGGGGCUACACGGCCGGCGGAGGACAUGGUAGUUUGACUUCAUUAUACGGGAUGGCCGCAGAUAGCGUGCUGGAAUGGGAGAUCGUGACGGCGUCAGGUGUGCAUCUGACCGUCACUCCUAACCAGCACGCGGAUCUAUACUGGGCCCUCAGUGGCGGCGGGGCAGGUACUUUCGCCGUCGUCGUCUCGAUGACCACGCGGACGUACGAUGAUGGACCCAUGCAGGGCGCCGGCUUCACGGUCUCCAAUAGCAACACGACCGCCUUCUGGAACACCGUCGACCUAUUUCACUCCAGCCUGGCUCCCGUGGUGGAUACCGGGGUCACGUUCACCUACUUCAUCAUUGGCACGGAGCUAAUUGUCUUUGCCGCCGUCAUUCCGGGCAGCGAACCGGCGCUGGUCACCAGUACGCUGGCCCCAAUUGUGAAUAGUCUGGCCCAGGCGGGGGUUGCUGUCAACAUCACCUCCUCAAGUUUCUCCUCAUAUUAUGCCUUAUACGAGUCCUACUUCGUACCCACCGAGGAGUCCACCGCUGUUGGCCAAAUCACGGGUGGCCGCAUCAUCCCCCGAGAACUGCUUUCACCCGACAGCCCGAGUUUGAGCGAGAUCAGUGCCGCGCUGGAAGUUUUCAUUAACGCAGGCUUCUAUGUUGCGUGUGCUGCCCUCAACGCCAACUCAUCCCGACAAGCUCCCUUUACCUCCAAUGCGGUCUUCCCUGUCUGGCGCUCCGCACUGCUGACCUGUAUCAUGGUUCAGACGUGGGACUAUUCCAUCCCCUGGGACGAGAAUCUGGAGCGUCAAGCGAACCUGACCAACAUAUAUAUGCCGCAGCUCGAGGCCGUCACCCCGGGUGGGGGUGCUUACCUGAAUGAGGCCAACUUCCAGGAGCCAAAUUGGCAGGAGGUCUUCUACGGUGACAACUACCCACGCCUGAGGGAAGUCAAGCAGAAAUACGACCCGAACGAGCUGUUCUACGCCCGCACUGCGGUGGGUAGCGAGGAAUGGAAGGAGAACGGGGAAGGAAGGCUGUGUCCGGUGUGA